GCUAAAAUAAUAAUAAAAAUAAUAAAGGGUGCGAUUACAACAUUUUAAAUUUCUUGAAUCUUUUUGCAAAAGUAUGGUUAAAAAGUAAAUCUUCGACUUUUUUUUGCCCCUUUCUCCUCCCGUGACCUUCUUUUGCCUUAACAAGCCGACAUUUUUAUUUUCCCUAAACCCUAAAUUUCCUCAUUCAACAAAAAAAACUCUCUAGCGGCCACAACCUCUUGUUGUUGCCGCCUUGCACCACCAUAGCCUUGCAACGCCACCGCUGCCAUAGCUUCACGACACCACCAUCGUCCGUGCUAUGCUAUUGCUUCGCAACACUACUCUGCAAUGUUGUCGUCAUCUUAGCCCCAUAAAGCCACUACUUUCGACAUUUGCUAUUGUGGUUGUUAUCACCUUCAUAGGCAGCUUCAUACUGUCACAAUCUCCAUGGCAUGUUAGAAGCAGCCAUUGCCCAUGCCAGAAUCAAUCGACGCCCAUGUUGGAAGUAUCAUUUACCAUGCUAGCUAGCCAUUGUUAGCAUUGUUGUUGCUUGCUACCAGCGAUGUUGUGCCGCCCCACCUAGCACUAAAUAGGAAUUGAUUGACCUUUUCACGCAACUAUAGCCCAGUGCUUGAGUUUACAAUGUUUGGGACUUAUGAUUCCCAAGGAGGUGGAUUGGAAAUAUGAGUUAGAAGUGACCAUGGAGCCUCAAGGCACAUAAUAUAACAUACGGUGGAAUUUCUUUAUUCAAGGGUAGCUAUCAUCUUUAGGAUGUCUGGAAGUUCUUCUAUCAAGAAUGAACUUGAACCUGAUUUUCAUGGUUAUUACAAGCACCAUUUCUUGGAGCUGUUUCCUCAAAAUGGUGGUCAUGUUUCACCUCCUUUCGAGUCAGAUUUGGAUCCACUUUUAGGAUACCAAACAGGAGAGGCUGAAACAGUUAUUACUCCAAAGAAUUGUGAGACUGAUAAAAGUUAUCAUCCUCCCAUAUCGUUCUUUGCCAGAGUAAUUGGUGAAGAGCUUUCAGAAUAUAAGAAAGAGACAUUGAAGGCAAUACUACACCAGACUGUGGUUUGUCUUAAUCAGGAAGCAGAUGAGAUAUUUCGCCAUAUCCUAGCAACUCUCCAAAUCUCAUCAGAUCUGCAGGCGAAAGAGCAGUUGCCAUGUAAUUCAACUUUCUUCAUUAAAGAGACCAGUGAGCUUCUUGGUAGUAAGAAGAGAAAGUCGUCUUCUUCUCCUGACAAAUGUGAAAGUUUCUCUAACACUCUCAAUUUCAAUUCUCAGGUUGUUAAAAAGCUUUGCCAACUGGAGCAGAAUGUUGAAGAAUAUCUGGACAUGGUUGUCUCCAAGUGCAGACCUAUGACACUAGCUGAGAAGCAGCAACUUGGUAGAAAGAUCCAGAAGCUUCCAGAGAAGGCACUUGAUCGUGUGGUAGAAGUCCUCCAAUGUAGUAACUCUUCAAGAAGCAGUCCUGCAGACACGAUCUCUGUAAAUCUUGAAGAGCUGGAUGAUGUGAUCCUGUGGAGAUUGUACUACGUUGUUCAGUCUGUAGCGAAAGCAAAUGAGCUCUGAUUGAGAAGCCAGUUUGGAAGUAAAAAAGGAGUGCUUGUUCAUGAGCUUGGCUCAUUACAAAUUUUUGCCUAUUGAUGACCCAUUGCUCAUUGUGAGCUCCCAGGGGAUAAGUUUCAAUCCCAGUCACGACUUCGCCAUUGUGACACAUCAGAUCCUUGUGCUAUUUUUGUGGAUCGGACAAAGGCUCCAUUGAAAACCCAAGGGGGCCCAUCCACUGGAUUCAAUCUUGGUGGUGAGAGUUGUAUUCCUUUUUCUUGUAGAUGAGUACAAAUUUUAUCCUGAGGUUAUUUUUAAAUUCACCGUGUGUUUCAUCUGAUCUUAUCAUCCAUGACAUCCUCUGCAUCAACGUAUAUAUCAUGCAAUUUUCCAAGUUGGUCGCCAAUCUUUUUGAAGUGAGAUCAAUUCAAAUCAAAGUCUGUUUGAAAAGGAUUGGAAACAAUUGGAA